AUGGCCAGCCAUAAAUACUCCAAGGCUACGGCAGAGGACAUUCGAACCGUUGGAAAUUAUUCUUUUUACUGGACAAAGGAACACGUUUCUAAGGAAAAAACUGACCCCCUUCGCUUCGAGCACGAUGAGCUGAGUGCCACCACUGUCAACAUCAUCCAAAAGAUCCACCAGCGCGAGCAGGAAGCCCGCAAGCAACGGGGGGAACCGACAGAAAGACUCGACAUGUUCGCGACACUCAAAGCCAACCGGCAUCAUGAUGAGACACUCGGGGAAUUCUGGAAACAGGUCAACACAGUGCCCGAUUGGGUCAACUGGGAGCAAGUUGAACGCGGGCAGCGCUUUUUCUAUCGUUACGCAUUAGGGAACAUCAUUGGCUUCGCGCUCCAGGGAUUUGUUGGCGAGAAUUCGGCUUCAACAAGUGUGGUUGAGGUGUUGCUGCGAACAGGCGGCUUCAGUACGCGAUCGUUACGGAGGCGGCUAUUGGAGACGUUCCAGCUCGUGCUCGAGGUGACACAUUCAUUGGACUUUAUUAAACCCGGGGGUAAAGGUCACGAGACUACCAUACGUGUGCGUUUGUUGCACGCGAUGGUCCAACAACGUAUGCUACGUGUGGCUGAGGUCAAAGGUCCCUCUUACUAUGACACCAGCAUCCACGGUCCACCCAUGAACACGCUUGACUCGAUCCAUGCCCUCGCCACUUUCAGUUGUAACCACGCUUGGCAGCAGUUACCUCAUAUGGGCAUCUGCCCACCUCAACAAGAGGUCGACGACUACAUUGCGCUUUGGAGAUAUGUCGGUCACGUCAUCGGCACCCCAACCGACUUCUUUGCAACAACAUCUCAAGCCAAGGCUAUCAUGGAGUCUCUGAGCUAUAACGAGCUACACAUUACGCCAUCAUCACUCGUCGUUGGACACAACUUCGUUGAGGCCCUCAAAGACCUUCCACCCGUCAACAUAUCAGCUGGCUUUAUCGAAGCCGGCAGCCGCCGCCUCAACGGAGAUGAUAUCUGUGAUCAGCUGGGCAUGGGCCGCCCAGGCUGGUAUCCUUACGCUUGUUUCAAAGGUCACUGCUGGCUUGUAGUUGCCCUUGCGACUGCCCAGCGCUGUAUUCCAUCGUUUGAGGCUUGGUCUAUCCAGUUUUGCCGCGAGGUCUUGCAUAACGCCAUUAUCCACUCCAAGUAUGGCCUCAAGGGUGGCUCUUUGCUCGAUUUCAAGUACGUUCCGAAUGGUCAAAUCACAGGGUGUGAGAAGAACGAUCGCCUCGAUGGUGAUCAGAUGUGGUUUUAUGAACGCCCACUUGAGCUACUCUACUUUAUCAUUUUCUGUGGUGGAUGUCUCUCCAUGAUUGGCAGCGCAAUCACCGCGGCCUGGCUUUUGCGGGGGUUUUUGCCCUAUAGUGUGGCUCUUCUCGGCAUGAAAUAA